AUGAUAUGUUGGACAUUCUACGAGGAGGAUACUGCUUGCAACACUCGGAAGGCGCUGAGGACACCGAAAUGCGCUCGUUGCCGGAAUCACGGAGUAAUCUCGUGUUUGAAAGGACACAAGCGGCUGUGUCGAUGGCGGGAUUGCCGUUGCCCUGGUUGUCUUCUGGUGCUAGAAAGACAGCGAGUCAUGGCUGCUCAGGUCGCGCUUAGGCGACAACAAGGGGCUGGUGGUCCAGAAUCGCGCAAUAGCGAGGCUGCGGCACUGGCAGCUCGCAAGCGUGCCUACCGUGCAAGGCUUCGUUGCAUGCAGAUGUCGAGGACAUAUACAGUACAACCCCCUAAUUUCGGAGGCAAUGAGAUCCUGUUUCCAAACGACCCUGCAUGGAAUGAGCGAGUACGCCGGCGCAGGGCUUUCGCUGACGCAGAACUGGAGCGCGGUGUCGGGGGUACGAACAUGGCGGCACCUCCCGCGGCGCUGCUCUGCAGGAACCUCCUAGCGGCUCUCCUCACGACCUAUCAACCGGCAGUCCAGGCUCCGCCGCAACGACAGAAGCUAUCAUUCUCCAUAGAAUCCAUUAUUGGGGUACAAUAG